AUGGCGAACAUUGCUACCUUCAAAGUGCCUCAGAUUAACAAUGAGCCAAAUAAACACUACGCCAAAGGCUCACCAGAGCGGCAGAAGCUUGCAGACGCUGUAGAAGCACUAAAGAAGCAGACUCCCCUUGAAGUACCUCUAGUGGUGGCUGGCAAAGAGAUAAAAGGAUCCUCCGUCCUCACCCAGCACAACCCCGCCUCCCACGCCGACGUCGUAGCUCGAUACUCGAAUGCCAGCACCGGCGAGGUAAAGGCCGCUAUAGAUGCAGCAUUAGCGGCAAAGCCAUCAUGGGAAUCGAUGCUCUUCGCGGACCGGUGCGCCAUCUUCCUUAAGGCCGCAGACCUGAUAGCCGGGAAGUACAGAUACGACAUCAUGGCGGCAACGAUGGUGGGACAGGGCAAGAACGCGUGGCAGGCAGAGAUCGACGCCGCAGCCGAACUUGCCGACUUUCUUCGGUUCAACGUUCAGUAUGCCCAGGACACCUACGCCCACCAACCCGUGCACAACAGCCCCGGCGUCUGGAACCGCGUCGAGUACCGCCCCCUGGAAGGCUUCGUCUACGCCAUCUCCCCCUUCAACUUCACCGCCAUCGGCGGCAACCUCGCCUGCGCGCCCGCACUCAUGGGCAACGUCGUCGUCUGGAAGCCGUCGCCCUUCGCCAUCGCCUCGAACUGGCUCAUCUACUCCAUCCUCAUGGAAGCCGGCCUCCCCCCCAACGUGAUACAAUUCGUGCCGGGCGACGCCGAGGAGGUGACCGCCGCCGUGCUCUCGCACCGCCAAUUCGCCGCCCUGCAUUACACGGGCUCAACCGCCGUCUUCAGGAGCCUGUACGGCAAGAUCGCCAACGGUGUCGCAGAAGGAAAGUAUCAGGGUUACCCGCGCAUCGUGGGCGAGACAGGCGGCAAGAACUUCCACAUCGUGCACCGCAGCGCGGACGUCUCGAACGCGGUCAUCAACACGGUGCGCGGGGCGUUCGAGUACCAAGGCCAGAAAUGCUCGGCCUGCUCGCGCGCCUACAUCCCCUCCUCCGUGUGGGACGCCUUCAAGCCGCAGCUGAUCUCCGAGACCUCGAGCCUCACGAUGGGCGACCCGACCGACUUCGGCAACUUCAUCGGGCCCGUGAUCCACGCGGCCUCGUUCGCCAAGCUCAAGUCCGUGAUCGACGAGGCCAAGGACGACGAGGAGCUCGAGCUCCUAGUAGGCGGGAAGUACGACGACAGCAAGGGCUACUUCAUCCACCCGACCAUCUACGCGACCAAGAACCCGCACCACCCGCUCCUGAGCCGCGAGCUCUUCGGGCCCAUCCUCGUCGUGCACGUCUACGACGACGAGACCGCCCCCGUCGACGCUUUCCUCAACACGUGCAGGACUAUCGACGAGAGCUCCGACUAUGCGCUUACGGGCGCCGUGUUUGCCAGGGACAGAGAGGCUAUCAGGGCGGCGGAGGAGGCGUUGAGGAAUGCUGCGGGCAACUUCUAUGUUAACUGUAAGUGCACGGGUGCCGUGGUGGGCCAGCAGCCGUUUGGCGGCGCGAGGGCGAGCGGCACGAAUGAUAAGGCCGGGAGCGCGAAUUUGUUGGCUAGGUUUGUUAGUAUGAGGGCGGUGAAGGAGCAGUUUGUUGGCGAUGACAAGGUCGGGUAUCCGAGUAAUGAGGCGUGA